UUUGAGAAGCCAUUGGCCGUUGGGGAGCUUUUAAUUAUGACGCAAGCCCCAGAUUGUACGGUCACCAAAUACCUUUUUUAGAUUUUUUUUCUCACUCUCUCGUUUGUAGCUGCAACCUGCACGCAACAGCAAAGCAGAAAGAAAAAGCAGAGAAACGAAUAGAAAAGAAAAGAAAGAAAAGAAAAGAAAACACCAAAGAAGAAAAAGCUUUGAUCUGAUUUUUCAAAACCUUAAAAAAUCAAGGCACUCGAUUUUUCAGCUUUCUGAUCCCAUUUUUCAAAAAGAAUUUCCAGCAAGGUUUGAUCUACAAUAAGGGAGAGGAUAAGAAGACUUUUUGGAGGAUUUAAAAUUUUGGGUUUUUUUUUCUUUUCUUAAAUUUUGGUUCGAUUAGGUUUUUGUUAGAAUUUUUUUAUUUUUUGGUUUUCUUAGGUUUGGGAAAUUAUGAGAACUGCAUGGGCAGAUUCUGUUUCAAACUCUGCAUUUGAAAUUGCAGUUUCAGACAACAAUUCCUUACCUCGUCCAGCUCGAUCCACUUAUGUCCCGCCCCACCUUCGAAACCGUGCAGCUUCCAACGCACCUAACCUGUCAGGUCCGGCUACUGAGAGGGCAAGUUUUAGCGGGACCGCUGGUGGGUCCCGAUGGAGUGGCGGUGGGACUAAGCCCGAACUGGGGCGUCCGGGUCAGGGUUAUGGCUAUGCUGGUACUGGACGAGGUGGCAGCGGCGGUGGUUGGAGAAGUGGAGGUUGGGAUAGGAGAGAAAGGGAAGUAAACCCAUUUGGUGAUGAUGAUGAAGCUGAUGUUAGGGAACAAGCGUUUAGUGAACAAGAGAAUAUGGGGAUCAAUUUCGAUGCUUAUGAGUAUAUUCCGGUGGAAACUAGUGGUGAAAAUGUACCACCGCCUGUAAAUACAUUUGCUGAGAUAGAUUUAGGGGAACUGUUGAAUCAAAACAUUAGGAGGUGCAAGUAUGUGAAACCGACUCCAGUUCAACGUCACGCUAUCCCUAUAGCAUUAGAAGGCAGAGAUUUGAUGGCUUGUGCUCAAACUGGGUCAGGGAAGACAGCUGCUUUUUGCUUUCCAAUUAUUAGUGGAAUUAUGCGGGAGCAGUAUGUACAGAGACCGCGUGUAGCACGAACUGUUUACCCUCUUGCUCUCAUUCUAUCUCCCACGAGGGAGCUUUCUUGUCAGAUACACGAGGAGGCCAAAAAGUUCUCGUAUCAAACUGGUGUCAAGGUUGUAGUUGCCUAUGGAGGAGCACCAAUUAACCAACAGUUGCGAGAGCUGGAGAGAGGAGUUGAUAUUCUUGUGGCAACUCCAGGACGGUUGGUUGAUUUGCUAGAGAGGGCUAGAGUGUCAUUGCAGAUGAUUAGGUACUUGGCCCUCGAUGAGGCAGAUCGCAUGCUUGAUAUGGGUUUUGAGCCACAAAUCAGAAAGAUAGUGGAACAAAUGGACAUGCCUAACCGGGGUGUGAGACAGACGAUGUUGUUUAGUGCAACCUUUCCAAGAGAGAUACAGAGACUUGCAUCUGAUUUUCUUUCAAAUUACAUAUUCUUGGCUGUUGGAAGGGUUGGUUCAAGUACAGAUUUGAUUGUUCAAAGGGUUGAAUUUGUUCUCGAGUCUGAUAAGAGAAGCCAUCUCAUGGAUCUUCUGCAUGCACAGAGGGAAAAUGGUGUUCAUGGCAAGCAAGCUUUGACAUUAGUUUUUGUGGAGACUAAAAAAGGAGCUGACUCAUUGGAACAUUGGUUGUGCAUUAAUGGAUUCCCAGCAACAACCAUCCAUGGUGAUAGGACUCAACAGGAGAGGGAGCUAGCAUUGAGAUCUUUCAAGAGCGGAAAGACCCCAAUUUUAGUAGCAACUGAUGUGGCUGCUCGUGGUCUUGAUAUACCCCAUGUAGCUCACGUGGUCAACUUUGAUCUUCCCAAUGACAUUGAUGAUUAUGUUCACCGGAUUGGAAGGACUGGGCGUGCUGGUAAAACAGGGUUGGCUACAGCUUUCUUUAAUGAGAGCGAUUUGUCACUGGCAAGGCCACUGGCUGAGCUAAUGCAAGAAGCAAAUCAAGAGGUACCUGCAUGGCUCACACGUUAUGCAUCCCGAGCUCCUUAUGGUGGUAACAAAAAUCGACGAUCUGGAGGAGGGCGUUUUGGCGGGCGUGAUUUCAGAAGGGAGGGUUCAUUCAGUAAGAAUCUGGAUUACUACGGUGGUGGGAAUAGUAGUAGUGCAUAUGGAGUUCCUGGCAAUUAUGGUGGAGGAUAUGCUCCAGAGGUGACAAGUGCUUGGGAUUAGGUCCCACCUUUAUACUGGACUAUUUUUUCCUGUUUUUCUUGAGUACGAGUAUAUAUAUUUUCCAUCAGAUUUCAAGGAUUCUUUCUCCAUUUUCACUAUUUCAAUUUGCAUCUGGGUUCUGACAUAGGUCAUAUUCUGGCGAGUUCUGUAGAGGGCUGUAAGAUGGUGACAUAGGAAACUAUAACCAGUUAGACUUAUCUGCUGGUCGCUGAUAAGGAGGCUGUGGUUGGGGAGGGUGAUAUAGGAAACUAACCAUUUAGGCUUGGUUGCAUCUGCCCUUAUGCAUGCUCCAUUUGGCACAAUAUAGCUAGGAGCCUAGGAUGAAAUGUAAUAUGGUGUGCGUCUAGGUACAUUUGCAACCAAAUUAUAAGGAAUAGGGUGAAGAAAGAAGAGAUGGGCAUCUGCAGGCCUUCUCCUGUUAACAGGAUUCUGCUGAUUAAAAUGAUUGUUUGUUUCACAUACCAGAGAUUGGGAUAUAGGAGGAAAUGAAACAUGAUCAUCAUGUUUUAAUAAUGUUUCUACGUCUCUCACUAAUUGAUUAAUAUCUAUGGGAGAAGCAAAUGUGCCUUUAUUUUCUAUUAUUCUAUCAAUGUUCUUGAUGUUCUAUUCUGAUAUAAACAAUGAUAAAAAAUGCUUCAUUUUGAUGUCUGUGCCGCUCUCAACGCAGAGCUGAUUUAUCUAAGAAGAUACAUGUUAUUAUAAUUUGCUUAGAUGAAGAAACUUGGCAAAUAUUACAUGUUAAAGAUUUCUACGAGAUAAGGAGAGGCAAGACAGAAACACCCUUCUUGAGAGCUUCCAUGUUUACAAGCACCGACCACAUUUUAAGUUUGGAGUUGGAGGGAUGCUUGAGUGAAAUAAAGAUUGAAUUUUGGGAUUAAGGCCCGCUUGGUCUAGCCUACCAUUGAUUAUUUAUUUGUUUUGAAUAAAGUCGAAAUUUUAGAUAUAAUCCCAGCCAAAUCUGGUUGAAUUUGGUUGCAAGAGAGAGCAAAAAGUGUAAAAUAUAUACAUCAUUCCUUGAAGACAAAAAUGAAACAUUGAAC